AUGGAGGCCUCUGAAAUUAUCGAAAAGCAGCUCCCAAAUCUACCUGAAGAAAAGAAUCUGUGGGGAAAUGAUGAAGAUAGUACCACUGAUGAUUCGCAUCUAAAAAAUAUUCAUUCCAAGUUCGCUCAUUUAAAUUUGAAGGAAAAUUAUCUAGGGCAGGUUCCUGAAGUUCCAAAAAGAGAUAGAGACCGGGGGCCAAGAAGGGUCAACGGUUUGCAAGUGGGUAAUAUUACUGGUGAAGGUGAGGAGCGACCACAUAGACGAUCUUCAGAAAGUUCAGAGUCUAAAUCAGCUAAAUUGGGAGGUAUCAGUGGUAGUAGGAGUAGUACAAAUGUCAACCCUUCGGAUUCUAAACUGUCUAGGACGCGAUCUGUCGAAAGCACCACUCUCAAGACAAGUAUAGGUCCAUCCACAGAGAGUUCAAAAUCGAGCCUGACUAGACGACCAUCGGACAAUGUCACAUAUUUGUCGUCUAGACGUCCUUCUGAAUCUAGCAUAUCUCGUCACACAUCUGACAGCAUGUCAGCUUCGAAAAGACGACCGUCUGAUAUUUCUCUCGUAAGACAAAUAUCGGGUGAUUCAGCAUAUUCAAUGACUAGGAGACCAUCGGGUGAUGCAUCUUCGGCUAUUUCAAGCAGGCGGCCUUCAACGGGGUCAAUCAGAUCACAAAUCUCACAGCAUUCAUCUGCAUCGUCCUCAGCUGAACCCCCACGUAGAAGAGCAUCUGAUACCUCAUCAAGUAGACCCCAAGCUUCAAAGAGACAUUCGGCACCAUCAACACGUCGUUUAUCUUCAACAUCCACGUCUCCCACAAUGACACCUAGAAGGAUGAGUAGCACGUCUACGUAUUCAAAUGAGCAAGCAGAUUCAGUAGCGGCUGCUGCUGUAGUUGCUCAGGAAAUGAGCAAUGUUCAAGCUUUAAAGAGACUCUCAUUAGGUGCUUUGCCGACCCUGGACCCAGACUUGCCUCAGUUUUCUUCCUUUUACAACGAAGCAAACCCACCCAACAUGAACAGAAGGUCACUUGGAAAUGGCACUCCACCGGUACCAGUUGUGGUUCCUAGUGGGGCUAAUAAUCACGGUGGUUCAUCAUCAUCUUCGUCCUCAUCCGCUUCUUCGCGACAGAACACGCCUAGUCCUGUCCCCGGUAAUGCGAAAGUGUCAGACGAUGGUCAGACUGCAACAUCGAGUAGUCCUACCUCAUCACCUGUUGGAAGAAGUUAUAGUAGUGGAUCUGCUUAUCGUAUAUCCACUCCACCGACCGGUUCUCCACGUCGAACCAGAUCGUCUGGACAACAACCAUUACAUGUCGUGACAGAGUUUUCCAAUGAAGAAUCUUCAGGGAAUGCUGAAAAUGGUCCUAUAUCCCCUGGUAGCAUCAUAUCAUCACAACACGCUUCUCAGCUAUUAUGGGUUCCUGCUAAUGUGCAUCCAGAGUUAGCCCCUCAAGAGUGGAAGUCGUUUGUACAACAGAAAGUAGCAGAAAUUCGCGCCACAAUCUCGCCACAACAGUCGCCGUCAUCACUCUCGAAUGAAGCUUCGGACUCUGACUCCCAAAAUGAGCCGGUUUCACCAUCAUCGGGCGCAAAGCUGAGCCGUAGAAAUACCCGUCUGAGUAGAGAGAUCUCAGAUCAAGCUGAAUACACUGAUGGUAGCGACGUGUUGGAGAACAAGCGAAAAAGCCGUGGUGCCUCAUUAAGUUCUCCAGAAGAUAUGACGUCUCUUUCCUCCCUAUCGGCUCAGUUGAAGUCUCUCGGUGAAUUAGAGAGUUUAGCCAUGGAUCCAUUCCAGCUGGCUAGAUCUUUAUCUCGCACUAACACAUAUGGCUAUGGAAGCAAUUACAGCAAUAACGCUUAUAUCUCGGAUGAUAGCUCAAACGAUAACUCUGUUAGUAAUUCUGAUCAUGACCGGAAGUCUUCAAGUGGAUCCAUGGAAAUUGAACCAUUAGCCAACGAUAGUGAUCAGCCUAUUAUGUCGGCUCCUUCGCCGUCGUUAAGAAGAGCAGCACAUACAAGGUACAACAAACCGGCUAUGCGAAAGGGAAGACAAAGGGGUGCUUCGUUGAAGAAGGAGGCCGAAGAUGAUUCAAACAAAGAGUCUCAACAACAGCAAGAGCAGUCACAGUCGAUCAAACCCCAACAACAAGAUGAGUCAGGGCAAGAAAAUAAUGCAUCAGAAAUUGUGGUACCGGUGGGCGAGCCAAUUGUGCCCCUCUCUAAUGAUAAGGUGGACUUACAAGAGAAAGCUGACGUACCUGCUGAAGAACCUAUUUCGCGUCAGACUGAGGGCCAAUUUGGUCAUGUCGAACCCCUGGUUAUCGCUAGAAGCAGAGAGCUUAGUGUUGAAGCAAUCCCAAGCUCUUCUCCUAGUGAAGAUCCUACAAUUAUCCCUAGUACUAUUCACAAAUCUGAAUUAUCUACCGGGACUUCGGCUAAAUCUAGUCCUGCUGAAGAAGUUGCUAAAGACAUCGAUGAUGACCUAAGCUCUAAUGAAGUUGUUACCGAUAAGGAUCUGCCUCCUAACCCAUCGGAAAUAUCAUCCAAAUUGAUGACCCCAUCGAUGCUUGGAGCCUCGACAGAUGUACUAUCAGCUAUCCCAAUUGCAAAUAGCUCCUUCAGUGGAGAUGAUAGCUCAAUAAGCCCAUCUGUGUCUCCUUCGACUACUGCUGCUACAAAUCCGUCUACACUGGCAAGCCCAGGAAAACAGAAACAACGUAAAAAUAGUUGGAGGUGGCUUUUCAAUGGAAAUGCUAAUGGUAGUGACUCUGGAAAGAUAUCAGAGCAGGUUAUCACUGCAGCCGAACGUGGUUCUUCUGAUGAACAAUCUCCUGUAUCCCCUGUUUCGGCCACUUCAGCUGUAUUUGAUAGAAAAGGAAUUUCAUCCUUUUUUUCCAAGAUGAAGGUACGUAAGGACUCUGAUGAGCAAUCCAGUCCCAGCGAUUCAGGUGCCAACGAAGGCAACAAUAAUUCUGGUUCAAAUUCAUUAUUGAAGACCAUUUCUAAACCUACUGUUGCGCAAGAAGUGAAAGAAAGGCAAAGUAGAGGACAUCUUUCACCAGAAAAGAAAAAGGGAGUGACGAAAUCCAGGUAUAGAUCUCGGUCUAGAUCUCGUGCUCGUCAAGCUGAAACUCGCAAACAGCGGGAUAGCAGCAAACCCAAUGAAAAGAGUCAGCAAGAAAUUGAAGCCCAACAGCGUGAAUUAGAGCUUCAGUUACAGCAGCAACAGCAGCAGAUGAAACAGUUUGACGGUGGUUUGCCGUAUCAUAUCCCUGCACAUCAGAUGUCAGAUAAGAGUAUGGUUAUGAUGCAUCACCGUUAUCCUUUACACAUUGAGCGGGCUAUCUAUAGACUCUCACACCUUAAACUUGCAAAUCCACGAAGGCCGUUAGUACAACAGGUGCUACUAUCGAAUUUCAUGUAUGCCUAUCUCAACUUGAUCAAUCACGGCUAUCAGCAACAGAUGCAACAAAUGCAACAAAUGCAGCAAUUGCAACAAUUGCAACUACAGCAGCUUGAGGAGAUGAAGCACCAUCAGAAUCAUCAACCCCAAGAUGUUGAGUACAUUGAUGGCUAUCGGCAAGAUAUAGUAGAUGAUGGAUAUGACUAUGAUUAUGACAAUUACAGAAAUGAUGGUUACAGCGGUUAUGAAGAGGGAUACGGUAACCAACCACAAUAUGAUUAUGAUUACGAUCCGGCUCAGAGUCAGGGUCAUGAUCAAGUUUAUUAUCAGGAUCAUCAUCAUCAACAACAACAAUACCAACCCCAGCACCAGCAUCAACAGCAGAUGUAUCAACAACAACAUUACCAACAACAUCAAGCACAACCGCAUCAACAACAGCAUUAUCAAACUUAUCAAAAGCAUCAACAAAUUAUUUAUGAAGAAGAUAUCAGUACCACAGAGGUGGAUCCCAAAAAGUCCCCCUCUGGUGAAUCUACAUCUUCUUCCUCCUCAUCGUCAUCCGUCGAUGCUAAUGAAGACCUCUGGCAUGGAGAAGACGAAAGUCAGGCCUAUUUACAAGAAAAUGUAAGUAUUUUGAUACUGGAAUCAGCCGAGCUGACACCAUUCUAA